AUGUGCGACGACUCGCACCCCUAUCUAUCCGGCAACUUCGCGCCGGUCCAGAGAUCCCUCCCCUUGACACCCUGCUCGUGGGAGGGCGAGAUCCCAGCCGACCUCGCCGGCGGCCAGUACGUGCGCAACGGCGGCAACCCGCUCUCCAACGGCGACCUGCAGCGCGAGGCACACUGGUUUGACGGCGACGGCAUGCUCAGCGGCGUACUGUUUCGCCGGGGAGGCGGAAAUACGGGCACUACCGAGGUCCGCCCCGAGUUCGCCAACCAGUUCCUCGUGACGGACGUGGCCGCGUUCGCCCGCGGAAGCCGCUUUGUUAGACGCCCGCUCCUACCCAGCAUCGCCAUGCUGCUCAACCCCUGCACGACGGCCCUCGCCUUCGUGCUCACCGUGCUGCGCACGAUGCUGCUGGUCCUGCUCUCGCGCCUCCCGGCGUCGCCGUGGCCGGUGCGGAAGAUCAGCGUGGCCAACACCGCUGUGCUAUACCACGACGGGCGCGCCCUAGCGACGUGUGCCAGCGGUCCGCCCUUGCGCGUGGCGCUGCCGUCCCUCGAUACCAUUGGCUGGUUCAACGGGAGAGCGGCCGAGAACGAGCCAGAGCGCGGCGGCGACACGAGGGCCGGGUUCGGCGGCUCCGGCGCCCUGUCCUUCAUGCGGUCGUGGACGACGGCGCACCCGCGCGUCGACCACGUCACGGACGAGCUGAUCGCGUUCCACUCCGUCUCCGUCAAGCCGUACGUGCAGUACUCGGUCGUGCCGCCGGCCAAGUCCAGCGCGCCCGCGCGCUUCAACCUCGCCGUGCCGGGCGUCGCGUCUCCAAAGAUGAUGCACGACUUUGGCGUCUCGCACGGCCACACCAUCAUCAUGGACCUACCGCUGGGCCUGGACCCAUUAAACUUCGCCAGGGGCGCGCCCGUCGUGUCGUAUGACGCCGCAGCCAAGGCGCGCUUCGGCGUGUUCCCGCGCCACCGCCCUCGGGAUGUGCACUGGUUCGAGACUAACCCGUGCUGCAUCUUCCACGCGGCCAACUGCUGGGACGACGACGCCGCCGCAGACAAUAAAAACCCCGCGGGCGGCUCGACGACGGCCGUCAACCUCCUCGCCUGUCGGCUGACCUCUGCGUCGCUCAUCUUCAGCCUGGGCAACCUGCCCGUGCCGGCCGCCGCCCCGGCCCCGCCCGAGUACGCCGAAGAGGAGCAGUGCCGGCUAUACUACUACCGGUUCAAAAAGGAACCCUACACCUUCACUACCCCCAAGAUCGCGCAGCAGUGGGCCUUAUCCGCCAUCGCAUUCGAGUUCCCGACCGUGUCGCCGCUGCACCAGAUGGCCGACGCGCGCUACGUCUACGGCUGCUCGACCAAAUGGACACCCUACUCGAUCGCGUUGGGCAAGCCGGCCAAGAUCGACGUGCUGGCCAAGAUCGACACCAGAGCCCUCAUCGCGCGCGGGAUGGCACACCCGCCCCAGGCCGUCAAGGGCUGCGUUGACGCGCGCACGGUGCCCGAGAUCCUCGCCGCUCCCAUCAAAAUCAACGAUGACCGCGACGCGAUCCAGCUGUUCGACAUGCCGGCCGGCUGGUUUGCGCAGGAGCCGCGCUUCGUCCCGCGGGCUCACCAUCACCACGACGGGGACGAAGACGACCACGACGGGGACGAAGACGACGGCUGGCUGCUGACGUACGUGUUCGACGAGUCGCAGCUCGACGCGUGCGGCCGCUGUCCCGACGAUGAUCACGGCGGUGCUGCCAGCGAGCUGUGGAUCAUCGACGCGCGCAGCAUGCGCACCGUCGUCGCGCGCGUUCGCCUGCCCCAGCGCGUGCCCUACGGCUUCCACGGCGCCUGGUUCAGCGAGCGCGACAUCGCGGCCCAGCGCCCGUUUGACAGGGUGCGUGAGAUGCCAGAGGCCGCGGCGGCGGCGAGUCCGGGGGACGCAGAUGCCGGUGGUGCUGGUGUUGCACCGUGGAUGGGGCUGGGGCGCUGGUUGGGUUGA